GCCUCGAUGUACCUUCCUCCUGUUCCCUCCAUGUUCACGCUCGCCUCAUUCCACCUCGUGACUUGGUCUCUAUUCGUUUGGAUCAUCUCGGUGCGGAAGAAUGCUGCUGCAGAUCCCGCAGUUGAAGGACGGAGAGUACACUCGGACCAUCUACAGCCUCAUCAAGGAGCAGCGAUAUAAUGAGGCCUGCCAGAUCCUCUCCUACAUCUUGGAGACUAAUUCGAGCUCUCGGGCCGCCCUGUCCCUCCUGGCCUACUGCUACUUCUACAUGCAAGACUUCGUGCAUGCGGCCAACUGUUACGAGCAAUUGACCAUUCUCUACCCCGAGAUGGAGGAAUACCGGCUCUACUACGCCCAGGCUCUCUAUCAGGCCAGUCUCUACGACGAGGCCUACAAGGUCACCUGCCAGAUCGAGGACCCGGAGUAUCAGGGCAAGAUCACCAAGUUGCAGGCAGCCAUCAAAUAUGGGGAAGAGGACCUGGCCGGCGCCAAGAGUCUCGUGGAUCAGUGCCCCUCCGAUGAUCCAGACACCGAAAUCAAUCACGGCUGCCUCUUGUAUAAGGAGGGCCGCUACGAGGAAGCAUUGGGAAGAUUCAACUUGGCCAUGCAGGUAUCCGGCUACAUUCCCCAUCUCGCCUACAAUGUCGCCCUCUGCCACUAUCGCCUCAAACAAGUUGCUCCUGCCCUCAAGCAUAUUGCGGAGGUAAUCGAGCGAGGAAUCCGGGAACACCCAGAACUGGGAGUGGGAAUGGGAACGGAGGGAGUGGCGGAGAGGUCGGUGGGGAACACCCUUACCCUCCACCACACGGCGCUCAUCGAGGCCUUCAAUCUCAAGGCUGCCAUCGAAUAUAACCUCAAGAAUAGUGACUCCGCCCGCGAGUGCCUGACGGACAUGCCCCCCCGACUGGAGGAGGAACUGGACGCGGUGACCCUCCACAACCAGGCGCUGUUGAACAUGGACGGGAAGCCCAGCGAGGGGUUCCAGAAGCUCACGUUCCUCCUGCAGCAGAACCCCUUCCCCCCGGAGACCUUCGGGAAUCUCCUCCUGCUGUAUUGCAAGUACGAAUAUUACGACCUGGCCGCCGAUGUCCUCGCCGAGAACGCCCACCUCACCUACAAAUACCUCACUCCCUACUUGUACGACUUCCUGGACGCGCUGAUCACGCAGCAGACAUCGCCCGAGGAGGCCUUCCGGAAGUUCGACGAGAUGGGAUCGCGCCACACGGAGUCCCUGCGGCGCCUCACCAAGCAGGUCCAAGAGGCCCGGCACAACCACGACGAAGACGCCGUCAAGAAGGCCGUCAACGAAUACGAGGAGACACUCGACAGGUACAUCCCGGUCUUGAUGGCCCAGGCCAAGAUCUACUGGAACCUGGAGAACUACGCCCAGGUGGAGAAGAUUUUCCGGAAAUCCGUCGAGUUCUGCAACGACGUGGACGUGUGGAAGCUGAACGUGGCCCACGUCCUCUUCAUGCAAGAAAACAAGUUCAAGGAAGCCACCGGCUUCUACGAGCCCAUCGUCAAAAAACACUACGACAACAUUCUGGGAGUGAGUGCAAUCGUGCUGGCGAACCUGUGCGUGUCGUACAUCAUGACGUCCCAGACGGACGAGGCCGAGGAGCUGAUGAAGAAGAUCGAGAAGGAGGAGGACCACGUGUCCCUGGAGGACCCCGACAAGAAGGUCUACCACCUCUGCAUCGUCAACCUCGUCAUCGGGACCUUGUACUGUGCAAAGGGGAACUACGAAUUCGGGAUAUCCAGAGUCAUCAAGAGCCUCGAGCCAUACAAUAAGAAGCUGGGCACGGACACAUGGUUCUACGCCAAGCGUUGUUUCCUGUCACUGAUGGAAAACCUAGCAAAGCACGUGAUCAGCGUGAGGGACUCCGUGCUGCAGGAGUGCAUCCAGUUCCUGGAGCACUGCGAAGCGUAUGGUGGGAACGUGAAGGCGUUGAUCGAGCAGCCUCUGGAAGAGGCCUUGAUGCAUCCGGGUCAGAACACGGUGACUUACGAGGCGAGGCUCCUCAAAGCCCUUCUCCUUCAACUCCAAGUCUGCUGA